UAAGCCCAAAAAAUCAUGUGAAAGGUGACAUGAGCACCAAGCACAGAACCCCACUAUCCGUACACUCCAACCUGCUGUAAUCCAGCAAGUGAGAGUGGUUGAGUGGACUGUGGAGAGUCUGGAGACUGAUACUGACAUUCUGAUAUAAAAUAAAAUUUCUCUAUUUAUUUCCAAAAUUUCAGAAGCGCACGCUAACUUUUCUUAACCCACUUUCAACCUCUCUUUGCUACAGAAGAAGUAAAGAGCUAAAUCUUAAGGUUUGGAUGAUGUUGCAAGCAUGAAGAAGGAAAACCAAAAUGAUCUUAAUUAUGUUUUGGGUGUUGAAGAUUUUAGAAAACAAAGAUCCUUUAAAUUGUACUGGAGGUUUUGCAGAACUUCCUUUAAACCAAAAUGCUCAUAUAGGUUUUUUUUUUUUUUUUUCAUCUUUUAAGAUUAGCAAGAUUUCUGGGGACGUAGGAGUACGCACCAUGUAAUGCUGAAAAAAAUAAUAAUAAUAAAGUUCAGCAAUUCUUUUCAAAAAUGUUGUUUCUAAGGUUUUAAGUAAUCAGUCCGGCUCUGUGCAGAACAUCUUAUCUCUCUUAAAGACAGAAUGUGUUGAGAAAACUUCACUUCUACUCAAUUUUCUUCAAUUUUGAUCCCAUUUAUUGACAUGGUUGAUUGUUUUAGGGUGUAGAAUCAUCAUUUUGAGUUUGGACUUAAGGUAUCUAGAGUCAUAUUGGUUAAUCGCUUCGAUUUUAUGUUUUAAGUAUCAAAUUUUGGACUCUGCCCAUAAGUUGACCCAAAAUUUGAUACUUAGACCUAAAAUCAAAGCUCUAAAAGAUCAUUUUAUACCUAAUUAAUCAAACUUGUCAAUAAAUGGGAUCAAAGUUGAAGAAAGUUGAGUAGAAGUUUAGUUAUGCGUUUUGUCUUUCUUAAAGGCAGGACGUCCUGCACAGAGAAUUUCUGAUAAUGAAAUAGCCUUUCGUUCCCCCUUAUGGAGGUAUUAAACUUUUUGCUGAUUUUCACUUUCAAGGUUUUCUGUUCUUAUUCUUAUUGUACAAGUGACUCUUCCGGUAAGGUAGGUCAUGCUGGCAGAACAUGGCAGUAAGCUUAAACCGUGGGAAAUGUGUUUGAUCUUUUUUGUCAUACAAGAGGGAGGACGAAGCUUAGUUAUUCUAAUACAGUGAAAAGGUUGAAAGAAGAAAAUAAAACCCACCCUGUGAUAUGUUUCACCAUGUCAACAAGGCAAUCUCACCUCCCUCCUCGCUGCCCAAUUCAAAAGAAACCGAAUUCUGGCCCAAUUCAGGACCCCAUCUCCCUGCUUCCGCACAUCAAUGAAUCAUACCCACGACACCAAAGGUCUUCCUCCCAAUCCCUCAUGGAGGAGCAGCCAGCAUGGCUUGAUAACUUGUCUAAUGACUCAGAAUCCAGUAAUAAAGGGAUUGUUCACCGUCGAUCUGUGAGUGACUCAGUUACCCUUCUACACGGCCUUGCAGACUCAUUUUCAAGUCUGAGUCCCAAAAAUGAUGAAUUUUCAGUUGAUAAUGGAUCUUGUAGUGGAUGGAAUUCUGUUAGUUUGUAUGGUCCCAAUUCCCCUCGGCAAAGAGGCAGCUUAUCAAUUUCAGAGAAUGCCUUAGUUUCAGCAUUAUCAGAGUAUGCUUCUCAUGAGCCUAUACAGAACAUGGAUGGGAUACUAUGCAUUGGUCACUCUGAUUCAAAAGGAGAUGAUUGCCAUUCAAUUGGUGAGCUCAAUGCAGAGAUGAGGGCUGUAAAACGGCAUCCUGGGCAGCGCUCAAGGAUUCGAAAGUUACAGUAUAUUGCUGAACUAGAAAGAACUGUUGGUGUUUUGCAGACUUUGGAGUCAGAGUUAGCUGUUAAAGUUGCCUCUCUGCUUCAGCAGCAUGUUGCCUUGUCUAUGGAAAAUAACAAAUUAAAGCAGCAGCUGGCAAGACUGCGACAGGGAAAAUUUAUCAUGGACAGUCAGUAUCAGUCUCUGAAGAAGGAAAUCAAGAGAUUGAAGAUUGGUUUAACAAAUCCCCGAAACAAGAAGGUUGAAGCAUACUUUGGUUCAAGUUCUACCACUGAGGCAGCUAGAGUUGAGGCUAUGCAGAAUCUAGAUAUGGGAAAACUUACUCUUUCUUGAAACCAAAGAUGCCGUUACUCUUUCCUGGAACCGGAAAAAAAAAAACAGUACUUUUAUGGUUUUCAGUGUUGUGCCAUGAAAGAGGUGGCUCUUUUCUUCAAAUGCACUUUACUAGGAAGUUCCAGCAAGAGCAUCACCGUGUUGCUGGUUGGCAGAGUCCCCAUUCUGAUUGCCCCCACGUAAAUUUGCAGUUGGACUUGGUCCUCUUUGAACUAAUACUUAAUAUAUGAAGGGAACAGACAUCAUCAUUUACCUUAUUUUUGUGUCCGUACAAAUGCUGUGGCGGAUGCUUUUGAACACUCAAGGAAAUUCUCUUAUUAAGGGACACUUUGCCUUUAGAUCGAUAGUAUGCUGGCAAAUUGCCUUCAUGUGAAAGGUCGGGGUAUCAAAAGCUGUGCUCCUUUGACUUGUUUGAUACGUUGCUAUCUUGGUGACAAACUGAAGGUGAAUGACAAGCCCUUGUUCUGUUCCUCUAGCA